AGCUGUGCCGCCAGUCGCUAUCAGAAGACUCUGAUGUGACAGAAGAAGACAUUGAAGCUGAAUUGGCCAUUAUUCAUGGUCAGAUGGCUUAUAUCAUGCAACUGCAGGGUCGUACAGAGGACGCUCUACAGCUCUACAAUCAAAUAAUCAAGCUGAAGCCAACAGAUGUAGGACUGCUUGCUGUCAUAGCAAAUAACAUCAUCACAAUUAACAAGGACCAAAAUGUCUUUGACUCAAAGAAGAAGGUGAAGCUGACCAAUGCAGAAGGUGUUGAGCAUAAACUGUCCAAGAAACAGCUCCAGGCAAUUGAAUUCAACAAAGCUUUGCUGGCAAUGUACACUAACCAGGCAGAUCAGUGCCGCAAGCUGUCAGCAAGCCUGCAGUCACAGAGCCCUGAGCAUCUGCUCCCUGUGCUUAUCCAGGCAGCCCAACUGUGUCGUGAGAAGCAGCAUGCAAAGGCUGUGGGGCUUCUGCAGGACUUUGCAGACCAGCACCCUGCCAAUGCAGCUGAGAUCAAGCUGACGAUGGCCCAGCUAAAAAUUGCUCAAGGCAGUGUCACCAAAGCCUGCAUGAUCCUGAGGAGCAUAGAAGAACUGCAGCACAAGCCUGGUAUGGUGUCUGCGUUGGUGACGAUGUACAGUCAUGAAGAGGACAUUGACAGUGCAAUCGAGGUCUUCACACAGGCUAUCCAGUGGUAUCAGCAAUUCCAGCCAAAGUCUCCUGUCCAUUUGUCGCUGAUAAGAGAAGCUGCCAACUUCAAACUAAAGCAUGGCAGGAAGAAGGAAGCAAUCAGUGACUUGGAGGAGCUCUGGAAGCAAAAUCCAAAAGAUGUGCAUACUCUGGCACAGCUCAUUUCUGCCUACUCCCUGGUGGACCCCGAAAAAGCUAAAGUUCUUAGCAAACACUUGCCUUCGUCGGACACCUUGUCACUGAAAGUAGAUGUUGAUGCGCUGGAGAACUCCCAUGGAGCAACUUAUGUUCGGAAGAAAGCUGGGAAGCUCACUGGAGACAACCAGCAGAAGGAGCAAGGACAAGGAGAUGUGAAGAAGAAGAAGAAAAAAAAGAAGGGAAAGCUACCUAAGAACUAUGACCCCAAGGUGACUCCUGACCCUGAGCGGUGGCUUCCAAUGCGAGAGCGUUCCUACUAUCGUGGACGGAAGAAGGGCAAGAAGAAGGAUCAGGUUGGCAAGGGGACUCAGGGUUCAACCACAGCUGGCUCCUCUGAACUGGAUGCCAGCAGGACUGCCAGCAGCCCACCUACCUCCCCGCGGCCCGGCAGCGCUGCAGCUGUAUCGGCCACAAGUAACGUCAUCCCUCCCAGGCACCAAAAACCCGCUGGUGCCCCGGCCACCAAGAAGAAACAACAGCAGAAGAAGAAGAAAGGGGCUAAAGGAGGGUGGUAAAAAGCAGGAUGUGUAACCUCCCUGCCUCAGCGGGUGAUGCUGGUUGCAGAAUAAAGGUCAAAAGCAAGUGCUGGUGAAA